CUGGUGCUCAGCCCCACGAAACCUACACCUCUCCACCUGCUUUUCGCAUGUCCUUCUCCUCCCCUCCUCCUCCGUGGGCCCCGCCAUCCCCGUCCAGCAUUUCGUCACUAUUUCGCCAUUCUCUCAGGUACCCGAGAAUCCAGUGAGAGAGUAUAUUUUGCUGUUUUAACUGCAAGUACUUUCCCAAUUCAAACUUCAAAGCGCAACGUUCUAUUGAUUCCAUGGAGUUCAAAUUCCGAUCGGUGGACGAGAGGCCGCCGCCGCCGUCGCCUUCUUCCGCCGUCAGCUACUUCUCCUCCGAGCAAGCCGCAUUCCGAGGCCAAACAGCUGCUCUUAUUACUUCGACUCUGUCGACGAUUUCAACACAACCGAAUUUUGCGCCACCACGAACGCCGCCGCCGUCGAUUUUCUGGAAUCCGGCUAUGAGAUUGAACCUGGACCCGGCCCAGAACCCGAGGUCCGUCUAUGACGAGAUGAUCGAGCGCCAGCUGGAGAAGGAGAUGAUCAGGGAGGAGAUUAUCGCGUCCGAGAUUGCGCGACGGCGGGCUCUGGAAGUGGAGGUGAGGAGAGAGCUCAUGCUCGAGCGGGAAAUCGCCAUGCGAAGACCCGCUGGCGAAGGGCUCGGUUUUGAUGAGGACCGGUUCGGCGACAUGCGGUUCGACCACAGAGUCCGCCACCCCUUCGAUGAUGACCGGUUCGGAUUCUUGGCUUCUCAUGCGCCCGCCACAUUCGAUAGUUUCACGUGGCGGCAGCAACCGGAACCUCUGACCAAUGGCUUCAAGUCGCAUCCGGCUCCUCCUCCUGCUUUAGACCUCAAUAACAAGGACAAGUUGAUCAUACUGGUGAAACCUGACCCAAAUCUCUCCGGAGUCAAGCGGAAAACACCACCAACAGUGAGUGCAAGUGAGCUACCCCCAUUUGGGUUGAAAAAGAAACCCAAGGAGGAAUGGAGCUGCGCCCUGUGCCAUGUUAGUGCAACAAGUGAGAAAGGCUUGAUUCAUCACAUUAACGGUAAGAAGCACCAAGCCAAGGAAGCAAGACUGAGAGCUCAGAAACCGAGCUCCAGCAAUGCACAAUCGUCAAAGAAAGCUGCAAACUUUUCUGAGCCUAAGAAGAUCCACGGUAUCAGAAGCACAGAAUUGAGGGCCAAACAAGUUAGAAAAUCGCUUGACCAUGAUGAAACCAGUGACGUUUCCAACCAGAAAAUGCAGGAGCAAGGCACUUCAAAAAAGGAAAAAGAGGAGCCGCCAAUGCUGAAAGACCAGUGUGGAGAGGUUCUCAAGAACAAGGACGAGGUUAAAAUGGUGGGAGGAGUGGAGAGAAAAGAAGAUGUAAAGAAACAGAAGACAUUUAAGUUUUGGUGUGAAAGUUGUAAAAUUGGUGCCUAUAAUCCAAAGGUGUGGUCGUCUCAUAUAAGUGGGAAGAAGCACAUUGCUAGGAGUCAGGAACUUACACAAUAUAAUGUUCCGAUUGCAAGUUUCAUGGCAUCAUCGGAGGCUAGCAAGGACGCAGAAGAUACUGAUACGGCCAAAGAAGCUCAGGAGAAGAUUCCAACAACCACUGCCAUUGCAUCAUCAGAGGCUAGUAUCGAAGCAGAAGAUUCUGAUGCGGCCAAAGAAGCGCACCAGAAGAUUCCAACACCCACUGCCAUACCAUCAGUAGAGGCUAGUACGGAUGCAGAAGAUGUAGACGCGGCCAAAGAAGCACAGGAGAAGUUCAAUGGCGUCAUGAUCGAGCUAAUGAGAAUUCAUAACACUGCUGUGGCAAAAGAAGCAAAGCACAGUGCGGAAAUUGUUGUUGCAGACACAGAUAAAUGAGCUGCAUACCCAAUGAUGAAUAAGUUGCAGCAGAGACAGGGCGCGAUUUGUCUGUUGAUGUCCUGCUUUUUAUUUCAAGUUUCGGGUUGUUUAUUUUCUGUACACCAUUUUUCUCUUUAUGCACGUUUUUUUUUUU